CCGGUUUUGCGUGUCACGUUAUCAACACAGCAGAUUCUGACUCGCCACUGGUGCAAUACGUACGAGGAAAAUAUUCACAUUCGCCAUGCCGAAAGACAAUUUGAGAGAAUAUCUGGAUGGGAAUGAACUGGAUCUUAGUCUCAAUAACCUGUCCGUUGUCCCUGUAAAAGAACUGAGUGCCAUACCCAAAGCCACACAUCUGGAUUUAUCCUGCAAUGUAUUGACGUCAUUACCUGACCCCUUCUGCAACCUGACUCAUUUGGUCAAGAUUGACCUCAGCAAGAACCAAUUGACCUCUCUACCAACCCGGUUUGGCAAUCUGACCCACCUUCAACAUUUGGACCUGCUAGGCAACCAGCUGACCAUUCUCCCCAUCAGCUUCUUCAACCUCCAGAAACUGAAAUGGCUGGACCUAAAGGACAACCCCCUUGACCCUGGUUUGAAGCAAGCAGCUGGGGACUGCCUGGAUGAAACACAGUGUCGCAAGUGUGCUAAAAAUGUUCUGCUGUACAUGAAACAAGUCAACUCAGAGGCAGAGAGGCGAAAACAGAAACAGUUACAGGAAGCUAGAGAAAAGGAAGCUGCAGAGAAGCUGAAGGAAGAGGAAGAACUGAAGAAGAAGAAAGCUGAAAAACUAGCUGAGAAAGAACGAAGGAGAAAAGAACACCAGGCCCGGAAAGCCCAGGAGAAGAAAGAGAAGAGGGAAGAAGAAGGGGAGAAACUUGAAGAAAAAGAAGUUCGUGAAAAUGGUGUCAACAAAACCAAGGAGACAACAAAAGAAGGAGGCUGCCUAGGAAGAUGUUGUUUCUUGUUUUUCUCGAUGAUGGUGUUGUUGCUUGCCAUCGUGGUUGGAGUACAGUACUAUUGCAGUCAGAAUGAGGCUCAGCAGUAUUGCAAGACAUACUACCAACCCGCGAAGAAUUUUACACAGCAACACUAUAGAUGUUCAAGAGACUUUGUUAUAAAUCUUUUAGAAACCAAGUUUGGUAAAACUCCUGUAACAGACUUCAUGACCAGAUCAAUGUAAUUGCAAAUUUCAUCAGAGUUAAUCCAAAGCAUUCUUUCACCAAAUGUGCCACGUUCAUAGAAUGAUUAUAUCAGUGAAAACGGUCUGUUUGAUCUGAUUGUGAAUCAUGAGAUUAUACUGCGAAUGUAUGUGUUGUGUGUCGGGAAUGUUUUGGUGUGGUCCUUCCCAUUAGUGGAAAUGGCCUCUGUUCACUCAGCAGUGAAUGGGUACCUGGUGGGAUGAGAUGGUGAUGACUGUUGACCUUCCAGAGCCUCACAGGCAGCUUGGUUUAUGGUGCACAUGGAUCCAUUGACCGGGGUAUAAUGUCAGAGCUUUGAGCAUACACCUUGUGUAUGGGAAUUAACACACUAUAUGCACACUCAUUAUUAUUAUUAUUAGAGGCAGCCAACCAUGGGAUCAUCUGGUCACAAUGACAGUAAAACUGUAAGGCGAUAACCAUAUCAGUGGUGAUGGAUGUGUCAUGUUUUGAUCGGAGUACAUGUAUAAUUUCGUUGAGCGCUGGUUUGAUGGUCCCAGGUCUUGUCCACCUUACUGGUCAGCUGCCUAUGUGUCUCUAGUUAAAAACUCAUUUAUACAUCUGAUCUUUGUGGCCAGGCAUUAAUAUUCAUGACUGGCAGUUUUGAACUGAGGGGACAUUCCUUUCAAUGUUCCCCAAUAAGAUUUCGUAUCUAAGA